GCGAGCGCUCACUGAACAUCUACUUAACUGUUCACAGACACAAUGUUCGCCAUAUAUCCUCCUAUCUCCCACUCAACACAGCAGCAUGCUCACAAAGAUUGGGCUUCUCGGGGUAGGCCCGGCUUCAGUGCGGGCCUUCUCUACCUCCUUCCUCACUGCGAGCCGUCGCGCCGACUACGCGACCAACCUGCGCCGUGACUGGGGUGACGCCUACUCGGCGCGCACAAUCCCCACCAAGCUCCUCUUCGACUCGCUCCGUGACCUCGAGAACAAGCACUACCUGGCGAAUAUGAAGGGCGCGCCACUGUACUGCGCUGCUCACAGGGCCCUUAUGUCUCUCGCACCGGACUGCGAGGUCAAGCCUGCUCUCACUAUCAGUGAAAUUGAGAACGUUCUCUCCGAUGAGAACGGACUCGCAUGGAUUGCUAUCCGCGAGCUUGGUGACCUAGGGUACUGCAAGCAGCUGGCUGCGGCCACCGAGGAGCAGCGCGCGGCGAUUCUCUUCUGCCGUGUGCACGGCAUCGGGCGGGAGUAUGCCAAGAAAUUCGCUGCGGCGGGCAUUCGCUCGCUCAGUGAACUGGCGGAGGCGUCCGAGGUGGACGGCAAGUCGAUAACCGCCUCCAUGAAGCUGGGUAUUGAGCACCUGGACGAUCUCGAGAAGCCCAUUCCUCGGCAGGAGAUCGUCGAGUUUGAGCAGCGUCUUGGUGGUGCGCUGGCACAUGCCGACAAGGGCCUGUCAUUUGAGAUCAUGGGCUCGUAUCGUCGCGGCGAGGUCGUCUCGUCCGACAUUGACGUUGUCAUCUGGCACUCUGACUUCAAGGCCAAUGGGGCCACGACCCACGGCCUCAUGGACAAGGUGGUCGCGUCGCUCGUCGACAGCAAGAUCCUUGACCAGGCGAAGAUCCUCUCAGGUAUCGGUGGAGUGUCGGGCCGUCACCGCGGCGACCGCAAGCGAAUCAUUGCUUUGACGCGUCCGGGUGGUCGCGGCGCCCCAUGGCGCCAGAUGGAUAUCCGCCUCUACCCGAGCGACAGCCUCCCAUACACGCUGCUUUCGAACACGGGGGACGAUGGCCCCAUGAAGAUCAUGCGCACCAUCGCGAAGCGCAAGGGUCUGACUCUGAAUGAGUACGGUAUGGGCCGCAAAGUGGACAGCAAGACGAACCAUUCGUUUGCAACAGGCAGUGAGAUCCCGGCCAAGUCUGAGGAGGACAUUUUCCAAGCUCUCGGUCUUCCUUAUCUUGAGCCGGCUCAGCGCUCGUACUCGACCUACUCGCACAUUCUUCCGCGCCACGUCCUCUCCUUGGCCGCGGCGUGA